UCCAGCAGCUGUGCAGUGAGACCUCUGAGACAUCACGCAGUAUCAACGAGCGACAAACGGCCAAAAUGUAAAGGAUAAACAGCCAUACACCACUUUCUGAAAGUAGGUGUGGAGUUGAAAGGUGUCGUAGUCUUAAAGCGAUGCGUAAAGUUUUUCGUUGUUACGCAGCAGGGACGCGCUAUGAUACGUGCGUAAAAGUGGGCCAAAGAGGACAGAAGUAAAAAAAUUUUUCGGCGCAUCAGACGUUUUUCCGGAUGUGAUGGAUGCGUCUGUGAGCCUCUGGGAUGUAAUGAAAAGCUGACGCUGUGAAGAACAAUCGCUUCGACUUCAAGAACUGGUGUCUUCUUUUAAAAGUUUGGCCACAGAGCCGGAGCGGAGCGCGCAGCGGGGCGACAGAUGCUGGACAGUGACUAAGCCGUACGACUGGAAAGCUCAUGAAUUAAAUUUGUCUGGGGAGCAGACUUUAUGUAAGAAGUAGGACAAGCAUAACACCGCCCAAUUAGUUCUUUCCGUCAUGCGUAGAGACGCUUUAUUGUCCAGCAUCUUGAUGUUAUGAUAGAGUUCAGUUCCGACGGGUCAAUUCUUCAGAAAGUUGCAGCUAUCUGAUGCCACUUCUCCGACAGGAAUUGGUGGAAAGUUUUGUCGCUUAAAUCCUACUAUCUACCUCUGAGCAGCAUGGACGAGAGUGUUGAGUCCGCUGUGGCCGACAGCUGCUCGGACGGGGAGAGCAUCAACCUCAGCGUGCUCAACUGGGAGCAAGUGCAGCGGCUGGACGCCAUCCUCACCGGCUCCAUCCCCAUCCACGGCCGGUGGAGCUUCCCCACUCUGGAGGUGAAGCCACGAGAUAUCGUCAAAGUGGUCCGGUGCCGCAUGGAGGAGAAGCGGAUACGCGUCCGGGAGGUGCGCCUGAAUGGCUCCGCUGCCAGCUACGUCCUACAUGAGGACAGCGGUCUGGGGUGGAAAGAUCUGGACUUAAUAUUCUGCGCCGAACUGAAGGGAGAAAUGGAGUUUCAGAUAGUGAAAGAUAUAGUUCUGGACUCUCUUCUGGACUUCUUGCCCGAGGGCGUGAAUAAAGAAAAGAUCACACCAGUGACUUUAAAGGAGGCCUAUGUGCAAAAGAUGGUGAAAGUGUGUAAUGACUCCGACCGCUGGAGUCUCAUCUCCCUCUCCAACAACCGUGGCAAAAAUGUGGAGCUAAAGUUUGUGGACUCUCUUCGACGGCAGUUUGAGUUCAGCGUGGACUCCUUCCAGAUUCGGCUGGAUUCACUUCUCCUCUUCUACGAGUGCUCCGAGCACCCAAUGGCUGCCACGUUCCACCCCACAAUCCUUGGGGAGAGCGUCUACGGUGACUUCCCCACAGCCCUCGAUCACCUGCGUAAGCGCCUCAUCUGCACACGGAGUCCCGAGGAGAUCCGAGGCGGGGGCUUGCUGAAGUACUGCCACCUCCUGGUGCGGGGUUUCCGUGCAGCUUCUGACACUGAGAUGAAACUACUCCAGCGUUACAUGUGCUCACGCUUCUUCAUUGACUUUCCUGAUGUGAGUGAGCAGAGGAGGAAACUGGAGUCCUAUCUGCAGAACCACUUUGUGGACCUGGAGGACAGGAAGUAUGACUAUCUGGCCACGCUGUACGACGUGGUGCAGGAGAGCACGGUGUGCCUGAUGGGCCAUGAGAGGCGUCAGACGCUCAGUCUCAUCUCGUCACUGGCGGUACGGGUCCUGGCGGAGCAGAACGCCAUUCCCAACGCUGCCAACGUCACCUGCUUCUACCAGCCGGCCCCUUAUGUCUCAGAUGGCAACUUCAGCAACUAUUACAUAGCGCAGGUUCAGCCUGUCUACUCCUGUCCUCCCUCACCACCUCAGCAGUACCUAACUCCUCAGCAACAUCCCAUGUAUGCCACCUGGUUGCCCUGUAACUAACCUUGUGUACAUUCAUGCACUUUUGUGUAAGUGGUGGAACACAUGCCCACCUAAAAGAGAAGAAUGAUGAUCUUUUCAUCUCUUCCUUGAGAGGGGAAAUUUAGGGAAACGAGAAAGGAAAUACAGGAGACAGAAUUAGACAAAGAGUGCAGACAAAAGAAGAGAAUAAAAGGAAGGAAGGGAAAUGAGGACAAGGAUUCUGGAUCAAGGCAGUGAGCCACAGAAAGGCUUUUCCCCAGGGUAGGGUGCCACAGCAUGGAGCUGAGCACAUAGGGAGUGAUGCCAAUGAGAGAGGCUGACCCAUCAGUUUUAUGGUUCUUUCAUCAGGGCCAAGAUCAAUUUGGUAGAGCAAACCACAAGUUGAGCUCAGCCUUGGAGUCAUCAGCAGCCUGGAUAUGAUGAUAUUUUCCUCCUGUGUUGUGAGCCACGGCUCACAGGAACUCAGAUUUCAAAUGGCGAACAUGUAUAAUAUCCACAUCCUCCUCACAUUACAAAGCAAAGCGGACACUCAAAUGCAACACUGCCGCUGAGGGGAACGGACACACAUGAUGCAAUGAAGAUAUUGAUUUUAUGGUGAAACAACAGCAACCCUCUGACGUUUUACAUGUGCUCUGCUGUGGGGGAGCAAGGCAAAAAGAGGAACUGGCUGGAUACUGUUUACAAAUCCAAAGAUCUACUUUGAUACUCAAGUUUAUCUGAACUCUGAAAAAAAAAAACAACAAAACAAUGCAUGCUUUAUUUCUGUACAGGAAUAAUUUUCUUUAAGUGCCUAGAUAAAGCCUAAAGGGAAGAGGUAUUUUUGUGACUCUUUAUCUUAGAGAACUGUUGAGUUGUCUCAUUGACGUUUUCAAGGUGAUAAUGAAUGUACUGAGGAUCAGAGAGUAAUGCUGAGUAAGGUCUCUUACACAGAGGGAGGUAUAGGACCAACUUUUGAUAAUAUUUAGUUUAAGAUUGCUCUUAUCUGCAGUCCUGCUGGACGAAUGCACAUCCUGAUUACCAAAGAGGAAGUAACAAUAUAAUCUCAUCAUCUGUAGAAAGAGAUGGGGGUGGUGGUUGGAUCAAAAAUGCUUGUUAGAGUAAAAUAGACUGUAACUGUGAGAGAAGUGUACAGCUAGAGAAAGAGGUUUGGUAUGAGAGAGAAUAAACUUCUCUUAUCUGCAGUUUUAAUGGAUUGAAACCUGAAGUGGACCAGUGCACAGCCUGAUAACCAAAAAAUGCAGUUUAUCACAGAGAGACGAUAAUAUUAUCAUUCGUGGGGGGACAAAAUGCUAAGAAGAGAGUUGUAUUUGGAGUAUAUAAAAGUUUUUUUUUUCCCAAAGCACAUUUGAAAAUGUUAUUUCAUCACAUGCAAUUCUUAGAAGGUACGUCGAAAUGCAUACAUGCUACAAGCUGAAAUGUUCUACUUUGCCACGCAGAAGCUAAAAUGCAAAUAAUAAAUGGAUCUGAAAUACACACCCUCAAGCUUACUUAAAGGUGCCCUGUGGAGUUUUCCUGUAAACCUACCAAAGUUACAUUCAUGUUCAGCAUUACUCACCAAAACACACUGUGUGUAUCCUUAUAAAACAUUUAAGUUCUUGAAUAUUUUAAACUGUGCACUGUUUACAUCUGUGUUUGUCGUAUUCUUCCUUACUGCCUUUUUAGUUUUGCUCCAUAGCGCCACUAGUGGUCAAAAACUCUACAUGGUACCUUUAAGUUUCAAAUACAUAUUAAACAUAGAUUAAAUCAGAUAUGCAACGUGUUUGGAACGCAUUUUGAAACCAGUGAUAACCAGUUUUCAAAAAUUACACUGGGACAUUUUAAUACAAUUGAGAUAUUAAAAAAUAGCACUUCUAAUACUUUUUUAAUCCUCUUUUUUUAUCAGACAUGUAAAAUGGUAAUUUUACUUUACAUAUUUUGUGUAAACAGGUAUACUGACAUGCUGUAUACACUGUAAAAGAAAAAUGCAUUGAACUGAAAUAAUGUAUGAACUGCUUUCCAUGUGUAAGACAAAGUCAGAGACAGAUCAGGACAUGCAUUUCCUGCACUGGUGUCUGCCGACCUCACACUGAUGUUGUAUCAGUGUGAGGUCGGCUGUGUGCUUCUCAGUGUGGUGUAAAUUGGACUGCCUAUGCAGGGACAUUGCAGCAGUGUACAAGCAACUGUUAAGAGUCAGAGAUCCAGCAGAUACUCGAGGCAUGAAGCCAGGAAAGCUUCAACAAUGUUAUAAACUCAAUGAACAUUGGUCAAUGUACAGUAUUUCAUCGAGGCUUUUUUGAAAAAGAGUGAGAAAUGUGUGGACAUAUGGCUGCAUGAGCAGCUGACAGCUGUCAAAAGGUUAUCUCUCCUUAGCAUGGAAAUGUAGCACACAAAGAGGAGAUAAUGUAAAAAUGUAGAGUACAGAUAAAGACAAUCACAUGGAUAUUUGAAUGGCAUUAAGACAAGUUGGCUAAGAGCUAGGAUUUCAUGGAAAUAACAGGUGUAAAUUUUGAGUUUUACAAGUGCAAGAGACUCAGCAUAUUCUCUCAAACGUGUUGUCAGAGCUCUUAUUUUUCUAUCAAUCUCUAUUUUUGUACAGUCUGUGUUUGGCUGGUGUAACAGGCAGAUUCAAAGCUGUGUUGUUGAGUUUUAAGAGUAUUUUGUUUUUUUCUGGUGUGUGCGAAUUUGUGUUUCGUUUUGGCCGAUGAAGAGCAGUGCAGUUGGACACAGUGGCUACAGAGAGAUGCAGAUUUAACUUGUUCACAUUGGAUGUGCGCCCUGAGCUGUUUCGUAUGGAUUUCUGUUGCUCCAAAGAGAUUGUUUCACUGUUCUUUGUGCGUUUUUAAUUGCCAUCCUGUUUGGACGUGAAAAUAAUGAUCUGAUAAUUGUGUUCAAGUUUAUUGACUUGAUAAUUAAAAACAAC